AUGGAGGCUGCAAUUCGGUUCUCGCAGAAUUCCCACCCUGGAACGCAGCAACGAUUUCUAUAUGUUGAUGUCACAGGGAAGACUUUCAGGCUUUGUAAAAUCUCCAAGCAGAGCAAGAGUGGUGUCAAAUAUGAUACUGUCCAUACAUCAACAAAAGUCCCAGCUUUCCGAGCUUUUGAUUGGCAUCCUGUCAACGAAGAUCUGGUGGUUGUAGGACAGGCAGGCGGCGAGGCUACUCUGCUGAACAUAGCGGAAGGUCAUCAGGACUCGCUGUCAUUUCAAGUCCGAAGCCAACGACUUUGCAACGCUGUUGCUUUGAACAGCCAGAACUUACUUGCUGCUGGACUAGAUAAAGUACGAACCGACUUCUGUCUGAAUGUGUGGGACUUCAAUCAACGCUUGCCUGCCCCCGGAUCGAAGGGAUUCUCCAAAAGCUAUUCCGAGCCUCUUCAUAAGCUAGCGAGCGGAGAACCGAUCACCAGCCUGAAAUUCUUUCAAGAUGAUCCUCAGCUGUUGGUGGCUGGUGUCAAGGGUCAAUUCGUCAGAUUGUAUGACCUUAGGGAGCCCUCCAUCGGUAAUGGACUUCAGUUCGCUACUCGAUGUGUUCACAAUUUAGCGAUCGACUGGCUGGACGAGAACUACUUCGCCUCCUGUUAUCCUACAAAUGAUCCUUCAUUAUGUGUCUGGGAUCGGAGGAUGAUUAGUCGGCUCAACACUCCCCAUAUGAGCUUUGGUGGAGGAUCACAUUCGGGAAGUGGACAGCCAGAGGUCUCGCUAGAAUUGAAGAAUGUGAUUGAAAGCCCGGGUACGAUUUGGAGUUUACGAUUCUCCAAGUCUCGCAGAGGGCACCUCGGUGUCCUCUCCAGCACAGGCAACCUCAAAGUCUAUGACAUCGCCAAAGAUCCCGUCUCCGAGACAAAUCGGACCGGCCAAGACAGUGGCCACGAUAUUUCUUGGGAGAACAGCCCACCACAGGAAGUGUUUCUUGACCGAGCCCAGGAAGUAGCGAAGCAAUACCCCCACCAAUCCGUCUCUCAGGACGAGAAGUCGAGGGUAGUGUCGUUCGAUUUCAUGACAUCGGCAAGCAGAUUAGGACAACCGAAGAUUCUCACUCUUGAUGGACAUGGUGAGAUCAAAACCAUCUCGACGAAUGCCUCCCCUGAGCCAGCUACCAUUGCAAGUCUUGACUUCCUCUGCAAGGGCGGUACUGUUGUUGCACAAUCAAAUCCAGAUGUGCUCCAAACAGCGAAAGUAAUCGAAGAGAUUCGUCGAAAGGUGCAGCCCAGGAAUGUGCUCAGGCAAUCAAUGAAACAGUCCCGACAGGAAAGGAAGCUUCCUGACAGUAGGAGGAUGUCCAGCCUAGACAACCAAGCAUGGUAUACUGAUUUGGGAUUCUAUGAGAAAGAUGUACCAUUACAAGAUCUUCUCACUUUGACCUCCGUGCAAAGGAUGCGCUGUCAAGCAGGAUACUUACUAAAUCCAACAAAAAACAAGGCGAUUGUCUCUGAUUCCCAUUGGGUGCAGACAUUCUGGGCAUGGAUCGAGCUUGCGGCGAAAAUAUCCAAGAAUAGCAACAUGACACAAGACAACUUUGACUUGUCCUAUCUUGGUGUAUAUGCUCUUUGGAUGGAAGAUGUGAACGCAAAGAACCGGACAUUAGGACCCGGUUCCAACAAGCCUGGCAAAAUCAUUGAGAACCUUGUCCGCCGCCUGAACAUUCCGAAGAUCAGAGGCAGCGCAACAGAGUAUCCCGCCAACCGGCAGAUUUGUCUUCAUUCUGCAGGGUUAGCAUGGUCGUAUGAUGAACUUGAAAGAAGAGUUAAAGGACUUGUGGCACAAAAUCACCACACCAAAGCUGCGGCACUUGCGAUGUUCGCGAUGGAGCGCAAACUAGCCUACAAGGCCCUUCGUGGCAAAGGUGCUAACCAGUCCCACAAAAUGUUGGCACUGGCUAUCGCAGGAGCUUCGAAAGGUGCGAGGAAUGGCGAAGGAGGAGCUAUGUCCGGCGAUGAGUUAGAUGCGCAAGACGACUGGGCUGAGACCAUUUCAUCUCUAGGUGAAGAGUUGACCGAUCCAUAUGCGCGUGCCAUCCUUGCCUAUGUGAAAACGGGAGAUUGGUCCAACGUCGUUGCGGAAGAUUCUCUCCCACUUAAGUACCGGGUUUGUGUUGCACUACGACAUCUCGAUGACUCCAACUUGACCCGGUAUAUCUCCCAAGCAAUGAAAGCUGUGUUGGUGGAAGGUGAUAUUGAAGGAGUCGUGCUGACUGGUAUUGCGACUCGUGAUGCUUUCGAGCUAAUGAACAGCUACGUUCGCAGGUUUGGUGACCUGCAGACAGCAGUGUUGGCACUGUGUCCCGCCAUACCGCGAUAUGUCGACGGUGAUGAAGUUGUUCGCAAGUUUGAUGGUUGGAAAGACGCAUACAAACACAUGAUCAAUAGUUGGAAUUUGAAGUUUGACCGCGUUAGGUUUGACAUUGCGUGUCAAAAUGCCGCUGUGGACGAAAGCGGAAGACGACUCAUACCAACUGCAAAGCAGCAAGUCCGACUUGUUUGUGGCUUUUGCGCGCAAAGUAUUGCCCACGCAGCAGGUACAGAUGAUGAGGGCUCGCCAGGGCACAAGGUAGUCGAGACGCCACAGCACCCACUGACAAAAGAAAAGGCUGCCGCGAUUGGCACUGUUUGUCCAAAAUGUGGCAGGCAUCUACCGAGAUGCGGUGUCUGCGAUCUGUGGCUUGGUAUGCCGGAUGAAUCGUACUUGCCAUGGUACGGGACGCAACAAGCGAGGCAGAAAGGCAGCAAGGGCAGUCUCGAUCUCAGCGCCAGUCUGGCGGGCAGUGUGCAUACCACGAUUGGGCCAGGAACGGCGUCGGCGACGUUGAAGGGCUCUGCAUCGCCUCAGCUCGAGUCUUCACCGCAUUCUCAGGUCAACUCGACGAAAUCAGCUACUACUGAGUCUACGACUGGAACAGCUAUUCCCACAUCUCCAGCAGCCGUCAACGGGAACAUCGUUGUGCCUAGUAUUGCGGUCAUUGAGCCACCAACGACGGCGCCAGAGCCAGACAACGACAUAGAAAAGGCUGACAAGGCCCAAAAAUGGGACGCUGCCAUGGCGAAAUUCACCGUGCUUUGCCUGAAAUGCUCUCAUGGCUGCCACGCCGCGCAUGCCAGGAUGUGGUUUGAGAAGCAUAGCGUCUGCCCUGUGCCAGAAUGCUCAUGCCUAUGCAACGAAUGA